UCAACCGCCAGUAUGACUCCCAGUAUCGCUUUUGCAGCAUCCCAGCCGUACUAUCCACGGCUAACGGUGGCCGAAAGAAAAGAAGCCAAUGAAACGAGAAAGACUUUGAAACCUUUAAUGGAAAAGAGAAGGCGAGCACGAAUAAACGAAAGCCUCAACCAGCUGAAGAACCUCAUCGUACCUCUGAUCGGCAAAGAUAAUUCUCGGUACUCUAAGCUUGAGAAAGCUGAUAUCCUGGACAUGACUGUAAGGUUUCUCAGAGACCUUCCAUCCGCACCAGUUAAAAAUCGAUCGGACAGUUACAAAGAAGGGUACGAGGCAUGUCUUCAGCGCGUGUCGACCAUGCUCCCCAAAACCAACCUGCUGGACAAGGACACCUACACGCGCGUGAACGGCUACCUCCGGCAGUCACUCUCGGCAGCAGUCGCACCUCCUUGCCAGAACUGCAGAGACAACAACGCCGGCUUGUUGCCUCAGAUGGACCGGAGAAAUCCGACCUGUACGCCCAUUACCACGCCGAGACCGAGCAGCACCAAUUCACAUAUACGGGCCGUUUCACAGAACCUCAGUGCGAACAUGUGGAGACCAUGGUAGAUUUAUGCCUAACUGUCAAUAUAUUUUGUAAAAAUAUUUUUGUUUGGGAGAUCGUACGUACAUGCGCACAUUAAGUGUCAAAAGAACAUGAAUAAUUCCCCAGUAUAUGUUACAUUUGGAUUGAGUUCUAUAUUUAAUUAUAUUACGCUUGGCUACUGUUAACGGUCAAGGUUUUAAACAGUUACACUGUAAUUACAUUUUGAAUAUUCUGUACUGGUAAUUUCAAUGAACUAUUUGAAUUUAGUCCUCUUUGGGGGUUAAAUGAAUAUGAGUUAUAAACAAACUCUUGUA